UUGGAUGAAAAAGUGGUGGAUUAACUGAACCAGCCUUAAGAUAAGCUCUUGCAAAUGACAUCCCAAGUGGCUAGUGGUUACUUACUGUGACAUUUUUGCAUUGGAGAGUGGUGAGCCUAGCAGGGCUGGAGGAAUCAAAUUUGGGUUUGGUAGGCAGAAAUCCUGAAUUGGGUCAGGAUCUAAGGCCAUUGUGAGAUGGCCAUGAAAAGAGAGAAUUGCCAAGAAAACUGCUAGUUUCAGGCCCAACCCAAAAACUGGGGAAUUCUGACAAAGAUGAAGGGAAAGACACGUGUUGUUCUGGGAGACCCAAAGCACAAUGUCAACGAGUCUUAGCAGGACACAUGGUAGAUACGUGUCGAGAACGCCAUGCCUUGGAAACUAAUUUAGGGAGAGGCUCCUGCUCCAUAUAUAUUAGGGCUAUACUUAUGUUUUGAUGGAAGUGACUUAUAAUCUACUUUGGGCCCCACUCUUCUGGAAGCCCAUAUAGUUUCUUUCAACUCCCUCAAUGCAAGGGCCAAUGUAAGAAGAUACUCUCCAAGUCUCCCCAUAGAUGAAAUGAAGAGCUGGUCUCCUCUAAAGAUGAGUAGAGUUAGAGCUGCAUUUGAUUAAUAAAGAAAAACUCUCAACUGUUUGUUUUGAGCUUCUUGGGUUCAACAAGAGGUUUAAUCGAACAACCAUAGCUUCAAUCACUGAGGAUUGAAAAAUGGUGGUUUUCGAACUAGAAAUGAUAUCCCCAGAAGAAGUCGAAUCACAAUUACAAGCAGAACAGAACCUGCAAAGAAUCCAUCACCUCACAUCACUUGGUAGACAAGCUUCAAUCUACUCACUCACACUUGACGAGUUGCAGCACACGCUAUGCGAGGGUGGCAAGAACUUUGGUUCAAUGAACAUGGACGAGUUCCUCACCAGCAUCUGGACUGUCGAAGAAAAUCAAGCAAUCAACAAUGCUGAAAUUACCCAAAUCAAUAUCAAUACCACUCAACCAAAUCAGUCUUUGGGUGAAGCCACAUCGGAGAAUCAUAAAGCAAUCGCUAGGGAACGGAGCUUGUCGAGGCAGGGCUCGCUUACUCUUCCUGCACCUCUGUGCAGGAAAACUGUCGAUGAAGUUUGGUCUGAAAUACACAAUAAAGAGAACGAGGGUCCAGGAGAAGAUAGUUCUGGCACUGGUAAUGUGCAGAAUCCAGAGACGGCUCAGCGAGAACCCACUUUUGGGGAGAUGACUCUGGAGGAUUUCUUGGUCAAAGCAGGAGUAGUAACGGAACAAUGCCCAAUACCACCACCACAACAGCAAUCUCAGCACGGGAUUUACCAAAAUAGCAAUGGCGCCCCUGCCGUGGGACCCAGUUUUGUUUCCAGGCCGAUUGUGGCGGUGACAGCCGCCGGCGGUGGUGUUGUACCUUAUAGUGGGGCUAUGGUGGAGGAGUUGGGUUUUGGUGGAAAAAGGACUGAUGGGUACCCAGUGGGUCCUCCAGCUGGGGCAGGUUAUGGUGUGAGAAUGGGGAAUGGUGGUGGAUAUGGGCCGCCAGCACAGGGGAUUGGAACGGCGGCGCCUUUGAGUCCAGAGACGCCGGAUGGGAUGUGUAAUCAGGUUGAUAAUAUGACGAGUCUGUUCGGGAUGGAUAUGGGUGGAUUGAGAGGAAGGAAGAGGACUGCGGAUGGACCGGUGGAGAAGGUAGUUGAGAGGAGGCAGCGGAGGAUGAUUAAGAACAGAGAGUCAGCUGCAAGGUCUAGAGCCAGAAAACAUGCAUACACGGUUGAACUGGAAGCAGAGUUGAAUCAAUUAAAAGAAGAGAAUGCCCAACUUAGACAAGCUCUGACUGAGCUGGAGAGAGAAAAGAAGCAACAGUAUUUUGAGGAUUUGAACAGCAGAGCUCCAACAAAGGCACAGAAGGCAAAUGAGAAGCUGAAGACAAUGAGAAGGAAUUCAAGUUGCCCUCCUUGAAGUAAAAAAGAGAUGUACAAUAUUUCAUUGAAGAAUUGAAGUUAAAAGGGAAAAUGGGCAAACAACUUGUAGCUAUAUUGUCCGCUCUGCAUCUCAAGGCUCGCAGAGUUUUGCUGGUGUUUUUCUUAGCCUUUCUCCUAUUUCCGGCGAGGACGCUCAACUUAUUUGCUCUUCCUUUCACUAAUGUAACAUAUGGUAUACCCAAUAGAUUUCUAUUCAGUUAGCGAAUUUAUUAUGUGAUGGAACCUUUUAAAAGUUUUUACAGAACAUUACAUAAAUAUCUGUAACUCAAAUUUCAAAAGCUUUUCCAGGCUGUGCCACAGAUACUAGCAGUGGGGAC